AUGGGUGCUGUUUGUUGUUGUUUUGGACCACCACGUAAUCACAUUGCUUCACGUUCAAACCGCUCUGGUCAUGGCCCGAAUUGUUGGAACUGCACUUCUUGUGUUUUUCGGAACAUCGGCAAUUAUCUGGUUACAGGUUCUACAAGGUCUAAUAAUACAACAAUAGAGACCAAUAAACACGAAAGGGAACCGAAGAAAGAGUGUAUUGUCAAGUUAAACUCAGAAAACAUAACUGAAAACAAAGAUGAAAACAUUUCAUCUUCUAGUGAUGAAGAAGAAAAGGAAAAGAGAAUGGAUAGACUUAAGCAUAUCUUCUCAUCAUGGGAAGAUGAGGAUGUUUGUCCAACUUGUUUUGAAGAUUAUACACUGGAAAAUCCCAAGAUUACCGCGCAUUGCAGCCAUCAUUAUCACCUUGGAUGCAUCUACGAUUGGAUGGAAAGAAGUAAAAAUUGUCCAAUGUGUGGGAAGUUGAUGAAUUUUGACGGCAUGCAAUAG